GGUCAACCGGCAUCAGUUGUCUUCUAGUCAGCCAAUUAACAACCUAAACCAUUAACAUGGCUAAAUUCGUGCAAAUCCUUUUCGUUGCCUUCUUGGCCAUUGCCUUGUGUUCCGCCGAAGCCCCUCGUUCCCGCAAUGCCCGCUUCCAGGCCAAGCGCACCCGUUUCUUGGCCCGCCAAGAAGUUGCUGCCGAACCCGAUGUUGUCACUCCCUAUCCCAGUGCCGAUGAAUUGAAACCCGAGGUUCCUUUCGAUGAAGCCGCCGCCUCCACUCCCGAAGAAGCUGAACAAGCCCCCAACCAACCCGAUGAAGUCUAUGGCCCACCAGAACAAGACGCUCCCGCUUCCACCGAUGAUGUUGCCCCCGCUGAAGCUGAAGUUGAAGCCGAGGCUCCCGUUGCUGAAGAAGAAGCUGCUGCCGCUCCCGCUGCCGAAGAAGAAGCUCCAGCUCGUUUGACUUCUCGCCGCAAGGUUGCUGCCCGUCCCGCUAAAUUGCGCAAAGCUGUGCCCGCCCGUUUCCAAGCUAAGCGUCAAUAAAUAAACCAAGCAAUGGCAAACUGUGAUAAUUGAUUGGAGAAGGAGAAGAGUUCAAUGCUUACGUCGAUGUGUUAUUAGCUGAAACUUUGGUAGUUUUGAACACGCCCACAUCUAAUUUAGUCAUGUUGAAGAACUUAGGUAAAAAAAUCUACUAAACACCCUACUAACGACCCAUACGAAAUGAAAUAAAUGAAUACAAAUAUUUUGUACAGAAAUUUGAAA